AUGGCCUGGAGAUGUUCUGGUUCAACCAACAGCGAAUUGAUCUCAAAGAUGGCGCAGAACGGAAUCCUGACCUCGGAGCGCAUCCUUAAUGCAAUGUCGAAGGUCGACCGGGCAAAUUAUGUCCACGAUAAAAGAGCUGCUUAUGAAGACUCCCCCCAGCGUAUCGGGUAUGGUGCUACUAUUUCUGCACCGCAUAUGCACGCAUACGCGGUAGAACAUCUGCUGUCCCAUCUGAAGGACGGGGCCAAGGUACUGGACGUUGGAAGUGGAUCUGGAUACCUGGUAGCCGUUCUCCAUCAUCUUGUUGCAUCAAAUAAGCAAGGCGGUAAGGUGGUCGGGAUCGAGCAUAUCAACGAACUAGUCGACUGGUCCAUCCAAAAUUUGAAGAAGGACGGUCUUGAGGAGGCACUAGCUACAAAACAGAUUGAAGUAUUCGCAGGUGAUGGCCGUCAAGGCUAUGCAAGUGGAGGUCCUUACGAUGCAAUCCAUGUUGGAGCUGCAGCGCCUACCAUACCCGAUGCGCUCGUCGAGCAACUAGCAUCCCCCGGCAGAAUGUUCAUUCCCGUUGGAACUCAAACGCAACAUAUAUACCAUGUGGACAAAGAUGAGAAUGGCAAGGUAGCCAAGAAGGAGAUCAUGGGUGUUAGCUACGUCCCCCUUACAGAUUUGGAGAAACAAAGAAACGCCCCGUUUUGA